GGGAAGAUGGGUGACUGGUCAUUCCUCCUUAAGAUCCUGGAGAAGGUUAAUGAGCACUCAACAGUGGUGGGCAAAGUCUGGCUGACUGUCCUCUUUAUCUUCAGGAUGAUGGUGUUGGGAGCAGCAGUGGAAUCUGUGUGGGGAGAUGAGAAAUCUGGUUUUACCUGCAACACACAGCAGCCAGGCUGUGAAACCAUGUGCUAUGAUAAGGCCUUUCCCAUUUCACAUAUUCGUUAUUGGGUUUUACAAAUCAUCUUUGUCUGCACACCAUCACUUGUAUACGUUGGCCAUGUCCUACACACAUUUAAGGUGGAAGAGAAGAGAAGACAGCUACAGAAAAAAAUAGCGAUCCUACAGCAAGGACAGACAAAAACUGUUGAGGAGGUCAAGAAUGGCAACAUCAGAAUGGACCCAAAUCCAGCCAGGCAUGAACCACAUGAAAAAUUCAAGAUCAGCGGUGCCCUCUUGCAAACGUAUGUGCUUAGUAUUCUAACGAGGGCAAUAUUUGAGGUUGGCUUCAUAGUUGGUCAGUACUUAAUUUAUGGCAUAUUUCUUCAGAGGCUGUACAAAUGUGACCGGUGGCCCUGUCCUAACACUGUUGACUGCUUUGUCUCACGGCCAACAGAGAAGAACAUUUUCAUCAUCUUUAUGCUGACUGUGGCCAGUGUCUCAAUGUUUCUCAGCCUGGUGGAAAUAUAUCACCUUGGGUGGAAGAAGAUCAAGAAAGGUCUCACAAACACCUUCUAUGGAACUAAUGAGACCCCGAACAAAGCAUUAUUCACAUCAACUCCCAAAACUGGGUAUGUGGCAUUAAGUGGGUGUAGGCAACCUACAUCCUAUUUGUCACCAACUGACUUCCAACAACAUUCUCCAAAGGGGCAUCGGAGUGAACAGAGAAACUUCAGUAACAAACUGGCCAGUGAGCAGAACUGGACAAACACAGCAACAGAGCAGGGACGGGCAAGCAAAAUUAAUUCAUUAGUGCAACAACCCCAUCUUGUACAUUGUGAUGGUGAAAAUGGCCUAAAUGAGAGAUCUGCAGAUGUACCAGGCUCUUCUAGGAUGGGCAAAACAACUUGACCUGUUAUUAGUAAUAUGUGCGGAAACCUGGAGAAGUUACACAAUACCAAACAAAAUGGUUUAGAGCCACAAGAGCAUAUAAAACAGUGGAAGUGAGAAAUUACAUUAUUUGUGGCCCUUAAAUAAAUCAUCAAACCAUAUCCCUUAGGUUAUGUCAGAUGCAUCCGUUUCAGCAUGAAAGAGACACAUAUUGCAGACUUUUACAGCAUGGAUUUCAUCGUGAAAGGGAUAGAUAUAAUUCUGCAACUUGGAGCCAAAAUGUGAAUGACGUACUGUAUUUUCAUUUUAAUGUAUUUGCAUGUGUGUGUCUAUUUGUGCCCUAUUUACAUAGGAUAGUCAAGGGAUCCUACAAAGUUUUGUGUGGAGUCAGUGACAGAAGGAGGAUGUUAUCCAAACCGUGUGCUUGAAGGUAUAAAUACUAGUUUAUUAUAUUUGCUUCUUGCUUGGGUCAGUUGAGUAUUGCAACAAUUCUUUUUUCAGGAAUAUCCGCAGCCCAGGUAGGCAAAGAACUAGAAUGACAACUUUGGUUAUAAGCUUGUGACAAAACAUAGUCACAGAAGUAACAAACCAUAAGUAUGAGAACUCUGGUAUGUUUCUGAGUUAACCACACUGGUUUUAUGCACACAGCUAUGUUUGGAAGGGACCUACUUUUAAUGGUAAUUCUGUUGCUUGGGCACCAUUUAGCUGAAACACAAGUACUUUGAAACAUUUCACUUUUCUUUUUCAUUCAUCUAUAUACUUCAGUUUGCUUUCUUGAAAAUAGUAAAAAACAAAACCGACACUGGGAAUUUGGUAAGGUAUGACAGGUAGGCACAAGUAGUUAUCCAUAUAAAAGGUAAUAUGUUAUAAAGUGUAGUUUAUGAAAUGGAAAUGCAUAAUAAGAUACAAGGCACUUGUACUGAGUGACUUUAGCAUGCAGUAGCUGGUGAUUCUCCCACCCUCAUGCCUUCAUAUUCUACCACCCACAUGCCCUCAUAUUCUACCACCCACAUGCCCUCAUAUUCUUCCACCCUCAUGCUCCCAUAUUCUUCCACCCUCAUGCCCUCAUAUUCUUCCACCCUCAUGCAUGUUUGAAUACUUGCUCUUUUUAAAAAAAGUUGUAUGCUUUUCUAUAGUACAGCUACAUUGUGUUUAUAUAUAGAGAAACAAAUGAAAAAAUGCCUUACUCAAUCAGAAAUUAAAAU